AUGGUACCUAGUAAAGAAUGGAUGAAUUUCUAUAAAGACCGAUUAAAUGAAAAAUAUAUAGAUGGUGUCGAACAAUUUUUGAAUUAUGCUUUUAAUCGAAUUGGCGAAGAGAGUAAAAUUCGAUGCCCUUGUGUUAAGUGUAAUAACACAAACUCUUCCGCUCGAGAAGUGGUUAAGACGCAUCUAUUCGUACAUGGGAUAAUGCCUAAUUAUAGAACCUGGUACCACCAUGGUGAACGAUUUGGUGAAUCUUCAUCUCAGUCCUAUGGGAAGGAAAUUGAAGAUUAUGAGAGUGAUGAUGAUGAUGUUCAAGACAUUUUAAAGGAUCUUUAUCCUAAUAUCGCUGAUUUUGACACGAGUGACGGCAUUAGUACCUCAAGUCAAAGGGAGGGUCAAAGGGAGGGUCAUGAACCAAAUGAUGAUGCUAAGACAUUUUACAAAUUGUUAAAAGACUCUGAACAACCAAUUUACAACAACUGUAAAACAUCUAAGUUAUCUGCACUUGUUAAUCUCUUGUACAUCAAGAGUGUUGGUCGGUGGAGCAAUGAGUCAUUUGACAUGUUAUUGAAGUUGUUGAAAGAUAAAAUUCUUCCUAUUGAUUCAACCUUGCCCGAAUCAUAUUAUGAAGCUAAAAAGAUCAUUGCAGAUUUGGGUCUCUCUUAUGAAAAAAUUGAUGUUUGCGAGAAUGAUUGUAUGCUGUAUUGGAAGGAAGAACAAGAGUCUGAUAUAUGCAAAAUAUGUGGUGAAUCUAGAUGGAAAGAGGAUAAACGUAAUGGAGAAGUCAAGGUCCGAAAAAAUGGUAAAAGGCUGCCAAAGAAGAUACUGCGCUACUUUCCUUUAAAGCCUAGGUUGCAAAGAUUAUUCAUGUCUAGAAAGACAGCUUCUUUAAUGAGAUGGCAUCAUGAAAACGCAAAGAGAAAGAAUGAUGGGGUUAUGAGACAUCCAUCAGAUUCUAUGGCUUGGAAAUCCUUUAAUGAGCUUCAUAAGAAAUUUUCGCUAGAGCCUCGCAAUGUAAGACUUGGUCUUGCCAGUGAUGGUUUCCAACCAUUUAGUCACUCCAAAACUCCUUAUAGCAUUUGGCCAGUGAUACUCAUUCCAUACAACUUGCCUCCCUGGUUAUGCAUGAAAGACACUAACUUUAUUCUUUCAAUGCUUAUACCAGGUCCUCAUGGUCCUGGAGAUGCAAUCGAUGUUUAUUUGCAACCUUUGAUAGAAGAGCUAAAGGAAUUAUGGGAAAUGGGUGUUCAAACAUUUGAUGCUUCAACUCAUACGAAUUUUCAAUUGCAUGCAUCCUUGUUGUGGACGAUUAAUGAUUUCCCUGCUUAUGCAAAUUUAUCCGGUUGGAGUACAAAGGGUAAAUUGGCAAGUCCUUGCUGCAAUAAAGAAACUUGUUCUAAGAGGUUGUAUAAUGGUAAUAAACAAUGUUACAUGGGUCAUAGACGUUAUCUUCCGAGAAAGCACAAAUGGAGAAAUGAUAAAACCUCUUUUGAUGGAACAACAGAGCUAAGAUCAUCACCAAUUUUACUUUCUGGGAGUGAUGUUCUUGCCCAAGUGAAUGACCUUGAAGGAAUGAGCUUGACUAAAGCUAUCGGGAAAAGAAUUAAAAUAUCACAUGAAAAAAGAGGCGACAACUGGAACAAGAAGAGUAUAUUUUUUGAACUUCCAUACUGGAGUACUCUUUUAUUACGCCAUAAUUUGGAUGUGAUGCAUAUUGAGAAGAAUAUAUGUGAUAAUGUGGUUGGGACAAUUAUGGAUCUAAAAGGAAAGAUUAAGGAUAAUGUUCAAGCUCGUCUUGAUUUGGUAGUUAUGAAAAUUAGACCAGAGUUGCAUCCUAUUCAGAAGGGAGAUAAACUUGAGUUGCCUAUUGCAUCUUACACAUUGUCUCCAAAGGAAAAACAUUUAUUUUGCUUAUUUUUAAAGCAAUUAAGAGUUCCAGAUGGAUUUUCUUCUAAUAUUUCACAAUGUGUAAACAUGAAAGAUCAUAAAAUCACAUCCUUAAAAAGCCAUGAUUGUCAUGUUCUUUUACAACAUCUACUUCCUCUUGGAAUACGUGGCCUUCUCCCAAAAGCUGUGUGUGAACCCCUCAUUGAGUUAUCUUUGUUCUUCAAUAGUUUGUGCGGUAAAUCUCUAAGAGUAGAUGAGCUCGAGCAAAUUGAUUCUCAAAUUCCCAUAACUUUAUGCAAGUUAGAGCAAGUUUUUGUUCCCUCAUUUUUUGAUAUAAUGGAGCAUUUACCUAUUCAUUUGGCAAAUGAGGCUAAAAUUGGUGGACCUGUGCAAUAUCGAUGGAUGUAUCCUAUUGAGCGUGAAAUGUAUGAGUUGAAACAGCUUAUCCGCAAUACAGCUCAUCCAGAAGGCUCAAUUGCAGAGGGAUAUAUUGCUAAAGAGUGCAUGAUUCUUUGUUCAAGAUACUUGAAAGGAAUGAAAAAAAAAUUCAAUAGGCUUGAGCGAAAUUAUGAUGGCUGCCCUCAAAGAGUUGAAGGUGAAAUAUCAUUGUUUUCACAAAUUGGACGGGCAUUUGGAGCUGGUUUGCCUCGUGAUCUUGACAAUAAUGAGUGGAAUCAAUAG